GAACGUUUCGGUUCCUUCACUUGUGAAAUUCAUUAUCACUUUAUUCUCUUGUAUUAUUCUCACUUCACAUUAUUUUCUAUGGCCGACGCAGCUUCCGGUUCAACAGAUAAAUCUGUGCAAGUCAAACUCGUUCUUCUAGGGGAAGCUGCAGUUGGAAAGUCUUCAGUAGUGCUUCGUUUUGUGUCGGACGAAUUCCAAGCCAACAAGGAGCCGACGAUUGGUGCUGCCUUCUUAACACAGAAAUGCCGACUUGAAGACCGAGUGUUGCGCUAUGAGAUUUGGGAUACCGCUGGUCAGGAACGAUUUCAUUCAUUAGCGCCCAUGUAUUACCGCAACGCUCAGGCCGCUGUCGUUGUAUACGAUAUCACAAAGGCAUCUAGUUUGGAUAAGGCCAAGUCAUGGGUUAAGGAGCUCCAGCGUCAGGCAAAUCCAAACAUUGUUAUCGCUCUUGCCGGUAACAAGCUCGAUCUUGUCCAACCCUCAACCUCGCAGUCAGGAACCCCCUCGUCUGAAUCAGAAGACGAGGCCGACGACGCCACAGCGACACCUGGAGAGACUCCUUCCUCGCCUGGAGAACCGGAAAGUCUGAGGCAGGUGCCUAGAGAUGAGGCGCAAGCUUACGCAACUGAGGCUGGUUUACUCUUCUUUGAGACAAGUGCCAAAACAGGAGAGGGCAUCGUGGAUAUCUUCACGGAAAUUGCUAAAAAGAUUCCUAUCGAACAUAUUUUAGCAGCAGGGGGCGGUGUUCGCCGUCCAGGUGCUCCCGGUGGACGAUCAGGCAACGCACAAGAAGGUGCUGUGAAUUUAGAAGAGAAUGCCAACAAACCGAAGGAUGCUUGCAACUGUUAGAAGAUUGAUUGUUAUCCUCCCAUCCACACUAUAUCAUGGAUUUCUUCCUCUAUUAGUUUAUGAUUUUACGGCGUCUGUCUCCCAUUUCAUUGCCACAUUUUUCCUGCUUCUCAUUUCUUUUGCGUUGAAUGACAUACGUACAUGUAAUGUGUCCUUGAAAUGACCGAACCAUCUAUCUACAAGUUACCUCGGCUCGAAAGUUUCAAGAGGUAAAGAUUCUGCCUUUGGGAGACUAAAUGCACAUGGAAUUCGUUCAUUAUAGUGUUCAAUACAUUACAUCGUUGGUACAUUGAUUGGC